AUGACUACGGAGAAUGAAGAAGUUGCCUCUACUGAAGGAAAUAUCGCCGAUAUCCCAACCUCACUUAUCUGGCCCUCAUCCGAAGACAGCGUGCUGGCAGUUGGAGAUGAAGCUGCCCUAGGCAGAAUCCUCCGCGCAUACUACGACAGCAAUGCUGCCUUCCCCAUUGAGAAACCACCGCAGGCUGCUCCAUGGGAGGCCGAUCACUUCCUCGAGGUCCAGUACGCAUCACGCUUGAUAAUUGCACAUCAAGCAAACUGGCAAACUCUCCAGCUCGGGCUAUACUUGGAGCUCUCGCAGUGGCUGAAUCGAUCUGUCAAUUUGUACAUAAUCAACAAAGAUCUGAACCAGCGAAAAGGGCGAAUCCGCGAUCCGUAUACCUACAAAAGCGAUACUGGGAUUAUGCAAUACUAUCGGUCGACGGUAGUAGUCCAAGGAGUUGGGUCUAAAGUCAUCAGGGAUCUUUUGGCUGGAUUGGUUGUGGCGAUGGAGCAGUAUACAGGGGCGCGAGCACAGCUCGUCAAUCUGAUCGGACGGGAGUUCCAGGGGCUGAUUCAAUAUCUGGGUAGAUGA